AUGCACAAAGAUUCUUUAGUUGUUACCCCAUUAGCUGAUGCUCCUUUUGGCUGCUCAAUUGAGUUACCAAGCUAUUGUCAAAACGACCCUUCACUUUUAAAAGAUGACGAUUUUACCAAACUUGAUGAUGCUGUUCAAAGACAUUUUGUUGUUCUCAUUCCUGAUCAAGUGGACUUGUCUCCAAAAUCUCAAUACAAUUUAACGAAGCGAUUUGAUCCAACAAUCCCAGAACCAAAAGACAUGAGUGGUGGUUAUGGUCAUGGUAAAGAGUUUAGACAUGACCAGUCUGUUUUAAAGAAAGAUGGUUGCUCAGUGAAAUCUCAGCCACAAGUCCAAAUUUUGGGUCAAGGAACUUUCUCCCCAGAUGAGCCAGGUAAUGAAAACGGUGAAACAAUCAACUUGACUCAUCCUACCCAUACUACAUUCCACCAUACACCUUUGACUGAAGAUCAAAUUAAAAACAAAAACCAAACUAGAUUCUACAGAUGGCAUAUUGAUAGUGCCUUGUAUGAUUUGUCUCCUCCAAAAGUUACCACAUUGUUAGGUAUCAGAAUCCCACCUACAGAAUACCAAAAGGUUGUUUAUGAAGAUGACGGAAGCGAAUUGAAACUUGCAAGAGGCGCAACUUGCUUUUUCAGUGGGGCUCAAGCUUUCAAAAAUUUGAGUGAUGAAGAUAAAGAAUUUGCUCUAAACACCACUGUUGAGUAUGCACCACAUCCAUAUAUAUUCAUAUCUCCUGCUAAAGCCACUUGGGAUGGUUUGACGAUGGUAUCAGAAGGGAAAGAACGUGAUUUUAAAGACUUGCCCGAAUGGGAAGAAUCCAAGGUGAAAAAGUUGCCAAUGGUAUGGACAAAUCCUGUCACCAAGGAGCAUCAUUUGCAAGUGCAUGGUUGUUGCUUAUAUAAAUUGCACACCAAGCAAGCUGAUGGAUCUACAAAAACUUUAGACUUGAAAGAGGCCAGAGAAAAAGCUCAUAAGUUUUUGAGACCAGCAAUUGCUCCUGAACAAAUCUAUGCCCACGCUUGGAAACAAGGUGAUUUAGUUAUUUUUGGAAAUAGACAAGUUACCCAUUCGGUUGUUUCUGAACUAGCGCAUUUGGGAGAAGCUGGUAAAAGAUUGAUGCACCAAUGUAAUAUUGCUAGUGGCAAGGAUCCUAUAACUGUUGUUUAG